CAGGUGUGGCUCAGCUUGUCGGUCAUAAAUCGAGUGACGGUUUUUCCAUCUUUUUUCCCCGGAAAUUAGUGAUCGCUCGGCCCUGCUAGAAAAAAAAGAGAGAGAUGUCUCUACGCUGCGGGGGCGCGGUCCGCACCGUGGGCCCCCGGGUAUUUGGAAGAUAUUUAUGCAGUCCAGUCAGAGAAGUAAGUUCCUUGCCAGAUAAAAAAAAGAAAUUUUUGCAGAAUGGACCAGACCUUCAAGAUUUUGUAUCUGGUGAUCUAGCAGACAAGAGCACCUGGGACGAAUAUAAAGGAGACUUAAAACGCCAGAAAGGAGAAAGGUUAAGACUACCUCCAUGGCUAAAGACAGAGAUUCCCAUGGGGAAAAAUUACAAUAAACUGAAAAAUACGUUGCGGAAUUUAAAUCUUCAUACAGUGUGUGAGGAAGCUCGAUGUCCCAAUAUUGGAGAGUGUUGGGGGGGCGGAGAACAUGCCACUGCCACUGCCACAAUCAUGUUGAUGGGUGACACAUGUACAAGAGGUUGUAGAUUUUGUUCUGUUAAGACUGCAAGAAAUCCACCUCCACUGGAUGCCAAUGAGCCCUACAAUACUGCAAAGGCAAUUGCAGAGUGGGGUCUGGAUUAUGUAGUCCUGACGUCUGUGGAUCGAGAUGAUAUGCCUGAUGGAGGAGCUGAGCACUUUGCAAAGACUGUGUCUUACUUAAAGGAAAGGAAUCCGAAAAUCCUUGUGGAAUGUCUCACCCCUGAUUUCCGAGGAGAUCUUAAAGCAAUAGAAAAAGUUGCUCUGUCAGGAUUAGAUGUGUAUGCACAUAAUGUAGAAACAGUUCCAGAAUUACAAAGGAAGGUUCGUGAUCCCCGGGCCAAUUUUGACCAGUCUCUACGCAUACUGAAACAUGCCAAGGAAGUUCGACCUGAUGUUAUUUCUAAAACAUCUAUAAUGUUGGGUUUAGGUGAGAAUGACGAGCAAGUAUAUGCAAUGAUGAAAGUACUUCGUGAAGCAGAUGUGGACUGUUUGACCUUAGGACAAUAUAUGCAGCCAACAAAGCGCCACCUUAAGGUUGAAGAAUACAUUACUCCUGAAAAGUUCAAAUACUGGGAAAAAGUAGGAAAUGAACUUGGAUUUCAUUAUACUGCAAGUGGCCCUCUGGUGCGUUCUUCAUAUAAAGCAGGUGAAUUUUUCCUGAAAAGUCUGGUGGCUAAAAGAAAAACAAAAGCCCUCUAACACUUAACAAGACAUUCAAGAUCACAGGAAUUUUAAAACUUUGACUCCAGUUGGUAACAGAAGUGAUGGCAGAAUGCCUAAACUUCAGUGGAUAUAUCCCAGUCUUUUUGUUUUACGAAAGAUAUCAAUAAGCUGUGCAUAUUUAAUUAUAAUAAUUCAUUUGUCUUUUAGCAUAUCUUCUUUGUCCCAGUAAACAAUUGCUUGUUAUGAUGUAAUCAUAAAACAUCUUUGUAAGAGUUUACUGUUAAUAGUGUAGUUUAAACAAUACAUUAAAAACUUGUAGAAAAUCUUUUAAGCCUCUA